AUUGUAGUUGGAAACUAUAACCAUGAAGUUAUUGAUAGUAUUGGCCACUAUUACUGCGUUAUGCGCUGGUAGCGCCAUUCCUGUCGUGCCAGGAGAUAACAGUCACUAUGUGGAGGGUGAGAGUCGCUACAUCUGGAUGCCGGAUGGUGAAGGUAAACCUCACUUAGUAGACUUGCAUGAACCUGCUGAUGAGAGAGCAAUUGCAAGAAACGGCGCUAACAACCAAUAUUGGCUGUUUACGAGACAAAAUCCAAAUAAUGCCCAAGUCAUCGUAAACGGCAAUGCAAACUCAAUACGAAACUCCAACUACCGCGCAAAUCGUGGCUUGAAGGUGAUUGUUCAUGGAUGGAACAGCAACGGAAACUCUCAAAUGAAUCCCCUCAUUACAUCAGCGUUCCUCGCGGUGCAAGAUGUAAACGUUAUCGUAGUUGACUGGCGAUCUCUCGCUAAUUCCAACUACAUAACUGCUAGUAAUGGCGUUCCUGGAAUUGGACAGCAUCUUGGCAACUUCUUAGUUUGGCUUAUCAAUACUGGCGGUGGAAACUGGAACAACGUUCACUUGGUCGGCUUCAGUUUAGGAGCUCAUGUCGUAGGAAAUGCUGGGCGCCAGGCUGGCGGUCGUCCAGCUCGUGUUACAGGUUUGGACCCAGCUGGACCCGGAUGGGGUGGCAACUCUAAUGCUCUAAACAGAAAUGCUGGUCAAUAUGUCGAAGCUAUUCACACUGAUGGUGGUCGCCUUGGCAUCUUUGAUCGGAUUGCUGACGGUGACUUUUACCCCAAUGGUGGUAGGAAUCCACAACCAGGCUGCUCGAAUAGUGAUUGCUCCCAUGGUAGAGCUCCUGACCUAUUCGCUUCUAGUGUCCGAACCAAUCACUUUGUUGGCAGACAAUGCUCCAAUAUCCAACAAGCUCAAAACAAUCAGUGCUCCGGCAGUGCUCUAAAUAUGGGCAACGGAGUUAUUUCAAAACGAGGAAAUGGAAUCUUUGGACUGCGCACUGGAUCCAGCUGGCCUUUCUAAUUAUUUUAAAGGAUGAUGAAUGCUACAGCUUUCACAAUACUAGUUACUACUGUUACUACAAAUUGUUAAUUUGGUUUUCUAAUAAAUUAUAAUAACAUUAUCAUACCUAAUUAAAAAUUAAAUACCGACAUUUUUAACUCCUGCCCUAUAUUUUACCCAAGGCGUGACUAGAUGGGGCCACGAUAGGUAUAUGGCUACUGGAUAGUUACGCCCGCAAUCCCAACAGAACUAACUUAGUCCCUGUGGGUUCACACGCGUUGAAUUUAGGUUUUUACUUAUCAUGUCCUCAUCCUGUAAAAAACCAGAUAAAAAAUAUUUUGAUACAGUUAAAAAUAAUAUUUUGGUACAAUUUAAAGUUCACCCCAUUAAA